AAAAGUACCGAUUGUCAUGGAUUGUAGCAUUCGUAUUUCGGUUCAGACACGAUUAAGGUCAUCGCAGGAUCUUCCUCAUAUAACAUAAUGGCAGCUAAGUUAUUCGUAAUCAUCUGCGUUUUGGCUGUGGCUAACGCCGGCUAUAUCGGACUGCCUUCCGCCCUGCAGUAUCAUAUCGAGCCGAUAGCGCACGUUCAACCCGCCAUUACGUCGACAUCCGAUAAUAUAUUACGUAGCCAUGGUAAUCUGGCGCAAGUGGCCACGCAAACGAAAACCAUCGACACACCUUUCUCUAGCUCGAGCAAGGCCGAUAUCCGUGUAACUAAUCCUGCUGUCACUACCUAUGCUCAUCUUGCUCAUCCAGCCCCGUUGACUUAUGCUGCAGCCGCUAUACCAACGGCUGUGCGUCCGGCUGCUCUUGGAGUCGCCUACUCGCCGGCCGUAGAGGUAUCUCAUAUGAGCUACAGCAGCCCGAUCGGAAUUGCUUAUGCUUACUAAAUCGAUCACAUCCAUGUCACGCGACUUUAUAUAUGAUAUAAUAUACAUAUAUUUAUUCGAAAAUCCUCGAUUCUUGUAACUAUAUACUUCUGUACGUGACGAAUUAAUGGCACUACAAUGUAAGUAGUUACGCAAUAAAAAUCUAUAAUCUAUAA